UUGUUUUUUAUCUUGCAGUCUUUGGCAAACAUUGAUGAAGUUGUGAACAAAAUCAGACUGAAAAUAAGGAGGCUGGAUGACAAUAUUCGAACAGUAGUGAGAGGACAGACAAACGUGGGACAGGAUGGCAGACAGGCUCUUGAGGAGGCCCAAAAAGCCAUUCAGCAACUCUUUGGUAAGAUUAAAGAUAUCAAAGACAAGGCGGAAAAAUCAGAGCAAAUGGUUAAAGAAAUCACACGAGAUAUCAAGCAACUAGAUCAUGCCAAGCGGCAUCUGACCACCUCCAUCACUACCCUCAAUCACCUACACAUGCUGGCAGGGGGUGUGGAUUCACUUGAGGCUAUGACCAGGAGGAGACAGUACAGGGAAGUUGCCAAUCUCCUGCAAGGUGUUGUGAAUGUGUUAGAGCACUUCAACAAAUAUAUGGGGAUUUCACAGAUACGACAGCUUUCCGAAAGGGUAAAGGCUGCCCAAAAUGAGUUAGGACAACAAAUCUUGGCAGAUUUUGAAGAAGCUUUUCCUUCCCAGGGCACAAAGAGGCCUGGCGGACCCAGCAAUGUCCUCCGUGAUGCAUGUCUAGUUGCUAACGUCUUAGAUCCCAGAAUCAAACAGGAAAUCAUCAAGAAAUUUAUUAAACAACACCUCUCGGAAUACCUGGUACUUUUCCAGGAAAACCAAGACGUCGCCUGGCUAGAUAAAAUUGACAGACGCUAUGCUUGGAUUAAACGUCAGCUGAUGGACUAUGAGGAAAAGUACGGGCGUAUGUUUCCGCAGGAGUGGUGCAUGACGGAGCGUAUCGCCGUUGAGUUCUGCCAUGUUACGAGGACAGAGCUUGCUAAGAUCAUGCGCACAAGAGCUAAAGAGAUUGAGGUGAAAUUGCUUUUGUUUGCCAUUCAGAGAACGACCAACUUCGAAGGGCUGAUGGCUAAACGCUUCUCGGGGUGCACUCUGGCUGACGGGACCGUGAAAAAGGCAGAGCUGCCACCUCCCUCCACCAACCCAUUUCUGGAAGAUGAAAGUGGGACAGAGACAGACGAAACUGUGAUAGAGAAAGGCGAUAUAGAUAGACCCAAGAAGCCGAAGGCCCCGGACAACCCAUUUCAUGGCAUCAUUUCCAAGUGCUUUGAACCUCACCUCUAUGUAUAUAUUGAGUCCCAGGACAAAAAUCUUGGCGAGCUGAUUGACAGAUUUGUCGCUGAUUUCAAAGCUCAAGGGCCUCCCAAGCCAAAUGUGGAUGAAGGGGGAGCUGUCCUGCCCAGCUGUGCUGACCUCUUUGUCUAUUACAAGAAGUGCAUGGUGCAGUGUUCGCAGCUUAGCACUGGUGAACCCAUGAUAGCAUUGACCACCAUAUUUCAGAAGUACCUCCGGGAAUAUGCCUGGAAAAUUCUCUCUGGAAACCUGCCCAAAACAACAAGCAGCAGUGGUGGACUGACCAUCACCAGCCUGCUGAAAGAAAAGGAGGGCUCUGAAGUGGCUAAGUUUACUGUAGAAGAACUCUGUCUCAUCUGUAGCAUACUGAGCACGGCAGAGUACUGCUUGGCAACAACCCAACAGCUUGAAGAAAAACUCAAAGAAAAAGUGGAUGCAAGUCUCAUGGAACGAAUCAACCUGACAGGAGAGAUGGAUACAUUCAGCAUCGUGAUCUCAAACAGCAUACAGCUGUUAGUGCAGGACUUGGACGCAGCCUGUGACCCGGCCCUUACCGCUAUGAGCAAGAUGCAGUGGCAGAAUGUGGAGCACGUUGGCGACCAGAGUCCUUAUGUCACGUCCGUUAUUCUUCAUAUUAAGCAGAAUGUUCCCAUCAUCCGUGACAAUCUGGCCUCCACGAGAAAAUACUUCACUCAGUUCUGUAUUAAAUUUGCAAACUCCUUCAUUCCCAAGUUCAUCAACCACCUAUUCAAGUGCAAACCGAUUAGCAUGGUGGGGGCAGAACAGCUGCUGUUGGACACUCACUCUCUGAAGAUGGUUCUCUUGGAUCUGCCUUCCAUUGGGUCCCAGGUGGUGAGGAAGGCUCCUGCCAGCUACACAAAGAUAGUGGUGAAAGGCAUGACGCGGGCGGAAAUGAUCCUGAAGGUGGUUAUGGCCCCUCAUGAGCCCCCCGUUGUGUUUGUUGACAAUUACAUCAAACUCCUUGCUGAUUGCAGCACAGACACUUUCCAGAAGAUACUAGACAUGAAGGGCCUAAAGAGAAGUGAGCAAAGCAGCAUGUUGGAACUGUUCCGCCAGAGGCUGCCCGCCCCUCCCUCUGGGGUAGAGAACACCAGCUCCAUGUCCCUGAUGGCGCCCACGCCUGAGCAGGAGUCCUCACGAAUACGAAAACUGGAGAAACUCAUCAAAAAGAGACUGUAGAUGAACAGAAGCAACAUCUGCCGCCCCCCCCAGCAACUUUGGCCAGGUCUUGUGCAGGCUCCCCAUUAUCCUACACUACGUCACUGAAAAAUAGCUGCCUAAUCAAUGCCACGCCCUGAGACGCAUUAACCGUAUUGCUCUGAAUGGAGAAGCAGCAUGAUUUUGGCAAGGGAUGAAUGCUUCCCAGGGCUCUGUGCCCUAGGGAUAGAUUAGCCGAGUGAAACCUGUCUCACUGGGGCUUCUCCAUGCCUACGGCUUGGAGGAGAUGCAGUGAGUUGAAAAUGGUUUGACUGAAUUACAUCCAAGGUUCGCUAGCUGCUCACACCAUGCUAGUUGCUCAGCGUCUAGCUGCAGUUCCCAUUUGGGGUCUCCCAGUGCGGCGUGUUGGACUCUGCCCUGAAAGUGACAAGACGACAUUCCUUCCCCAUCAUAGAGCUGGUUUCUUUAAAAAUAAGAUUCCCUUAAAUCGCUGGCUUCUGGCCCCUAGGACUCUACCAAGCUCCUUAUAAAUGCCCAGGACAGGACACUGCAACAUCUCCCCUGUGCUCUGAGGGCAGGACCGUGUGCUGAAGCUGUCAGUAAAACAGCAAGGAGAACCCUCUGUGGGAAGCAAGGAGGGGGCGAAAUCACUGCAUUCACCGGUCAAAUCACACCUUACUGCUAACAAGCCAGCGGUCUCUGUUGCUUUUGCUGCUUUAAGGCCAAAUUCUACAUCUGCUGAAGCAGUCUCCAGCGUCUCAUUAUUUUCUCACGUGCACUGGGCUACCCCGCCCUCUCCAACCCACACUACACCUCUCCCUCUCCUCCACAAAGGGCUGUUCAUGGAAUAAGCCCUUGGAAGCCAAGCAUCAAAUGGCACUAUCCCCCCAUGCUUGUGGCAUCCUGUUUCAUGCCAGCUGGAGCCCAGAAUGUGGGUGUGCCACUUUGGCACCAUCGCUGCCCUGAAGGCAGAGCCGCUGGAAAGGUUAGUUUUAAUAAUAGGCCUGCUGCUUCCAGGAUUUCUUCACAGGAUGGAACUCUCUCACUGGCUUGAAACGUAAAGGACCUGGUUCUCCUCUCGCUUACGCUGCUGCAACUUGGACUGAGUGGCUCCAGAUUUGCACUGGAAUAUCUGAGGGGAGAAUUGGGCCCCAAAUCUCACAACACAGCUUGUUUUAAAGUAACCGGCAUUGCAAUCCAGUUCCCAUUGGAGUCAGCAGCAAGAUGCUCUUUGAUUUCAGUAAUAGCAGGAUUUGGGUUGAUGGAUCUAAAUUGUAAAGUGUUUGUGUGAAAAGUGCUCAUCUUGGCACAUGCUUGCCUGAGAAGCCUUAACUGAGUGACACAAUCCCCUCAUUAUCACCACUGGAUUUCUUCUCAAACCCCCUGGCAACCUCUCCAUGUGGUUCUAAAGGUGUGUUUCAGACCAGCUGAUGAUACAAGACCACAGGGAUUUUGAUGGUGGGAGAGUUCAUGUGCAGCUUCCGUAUUGUAAUCCAUGCUUUCCUACCCAAUCUGCAGGAGGCACGUGCAUGCAGUGUUUGUGUCAAGUGAGGAGUCACUGCAGCUGACUAGCAAUGGUCUCAGGAGAAUCACACUCCACGGCACAUCUGGCUUGCUUCUAAUUAUAGUAUUGAUUUGGGGGCCAUUGUAGAUCCAGGUUGGUUAGUGUUUGCAGCCACUGUUCAGGGAUCUGUAGUUCACUUGAGGGAGAGGGAGAGAACACUCCAGAUCAAGUACAGAUUUAUUUUAACCAAACUCCACACACACAAACCUGUGUCUAAAAUUAAAAACCCUGCAGAGUUUCAGUGACACUCGGGAGUGGGGGGCACCAAAUGAGAAAUGUCCUUGUUGAGACUGAAAAUCUGGCCUGACAGUAGCUUCAUGUUCAUCUUUUUUGCACUGUCCUGUCCUCUCUCACUGCACCUGCUCCUUCCCAUGUGCGGAGGGAGGGAGGGAGGG